AAAAAUCCACCAUAUGAAGCUUGCAAUUAUAGUAUUUCGAUUUUUUGGUCGGAAAUUCAGAAAUUCGGUUCGGUUGAGAGAACCCUGAUUUCCGAACUAUCCAUAUUUUCCUUCCGAAUUCCGAACCAAAUAGCACUAAUCCAGUUUCGGGUCGGUUUAAUUCGGGUCGGGUUUACCGAACCGGUUUCCCACCCCUAGUGCAAGCACAACUCAUUGGUGAUGAUCAUACCUACUACCUUAGGUCGAACAUUCAAGAUGUGCUCAGAGAGAUUUCUCAUAUACUAUUAAGCACGGGAACUCUAGAGGGUGCUCUUUAUUUUUUCUUUCAAUGUAGGAGUUGUCGUUUAUUGGUCUCAUUUUUCCUCGUUCAUGCACAUUGCACCGAACUUUUGCAAGCUUCCUUGAAAGCAAAGCAUCUCUCCCUCACGACCAAGAGCGGAUGGAUCAUAGCCUUCCCUAUUAAGGUCACAUAUGGGGAGUUUGAUGAGCAGAUUCGUCUUAGCCCGAGCACCACUUCCCAGCAUGCACUCCGCAUUGAGUUGCCACAUGUCGGGUACAAACGAGAGCUUGAGGUUUCUUGAAUCGCUAAAAGGUACUUUGUACCUUGGCAUACGAUUCUGUGAGGAUGAGAGGUGUUUGGGGGAUGGUAAGUAGGGAGAGAUGAUCGGGAUGUAAUAAAGUUAUCUGAACCCUAAACACAUCUUCGAAGGGCACUCUGAGCCAAGAGAAAAGCCCUUUGACGACUUAACUCAAACACUAUGCUCGAUUGCCACUCACGUGAGAGUCUCAUUGUAAAAUUAAGAGUUCAAACAUUAUGGAGAAUAACACACAUGUUCUUCAUAAAAUAGAAAACAUUAUCGACUCACCAAACAGGAAGAAACAGUAAAACCCCUCAUACACCAGUACUUUAAUUAUUCAUAUACUCACUAGCGAGCACAACACAUCAAUCAUCUAUCAAUUUUAACACACAUGUUCGGUCGCGUCGUCUACUUCAAAGCCCUAAAAUAACUCACUAUCAUUAAUCAGCCACGAUAAUAUAACCUAUACGAAAUCAAAUGGUGGAUUGAAAGAAAAUGAAAAAUCAAUAUAGCAUUCUAGCGCACAACGAUAAUAUAACCUAUACGAAAUCGUCCAAUAAUUAAUGAAAGUUAUGACAAAUUGUUAAAAAGUUCAACCCAGUUGAAUUUGGGCCUAGUUGAAGCCCAGUUUUCUCUUGGCGGAACGAAGAUACAAUUGGCCCAAUUCCCCAGUGGCGGGAGAAUGCUUUUAUUUUAUUAUUUAAGGGGAAAUUACUCGUCGUCUCUUCCCAGUCUUUCUCUAAUUCUCUUCUCUGCAACCAGAAAAAUUCCCCAGUAACUCAAAGAUUUCUCCAGUUCUCCGCUUUCACCAAACCUCCUUUUGCUUCUAAACUUCUUUUUUCUUGAUUCCUAUGGAAUGGAGGUCGAACGACCAUUCCCAUGCAAGCGAUGCAAGAGAUCAUUCCACACAUUCAAUGCGAUCUGGGAUCAUCACCGUGACAUCCACAAAAUCAACUAUCCACUUCGAUGCGAGUUCUGCGGCCAUAGCUUCGACAACGAAAGCGAAUUCCAAGAGCAUACAUCUGCACCGCACCUCCAUCCCGCUCACCAACGCCGCCACAACCGCCAGCGUCCCAAACGUCGCCGCCGCCGCCGUCGUCACCCGAAACACUAAAGAGGUCUUCCUCCCGCCUGCCGCUAUGGGGUUUCCGGCGAGCGGUGCUUGCCUACUGCAACCUCGGUCUUCCACCUCAGUUUUUUUUCUGUCAUCGUCUAGUCCUCCAAUUCGUUCCUUCUCUACCAGUAACUGCGGCAAUGGAGUAGCGGCUGUUGUUAGUUGUUUGCAAGCGGACCCCGAUGACGCCUUCCGCCGCAAAAGGAGAGCGGCUCUUGUGGGUUUCUUACUUCGUCUGUUGCUGCACCUCAGGGCCCGAGCUCUUGGAGGCCCCUUCGGUCAGGAAGUAAACGAGCUUGAGAUACCAGAACAUAACCACAAAGAAGAGGUCUGGAUAUCUUCCCUGGUAUCUGUACAAGCAUAUCCAGCUCCAGGGCCCUUUUUGUCUCUCCUGAAUGAACUUGGAAGCGUGGCCAUCGGUGUUCUUGGCAAGCUCUGUGCUUUGACCCGGAAAGAAAAGAAAGCUGCUGAUUCAACAAUACAGUCAAUGAACGCUAAACCUAGCGAGAAGGAAACCGUCAUCAGGUCGUUGGAGAAGAACUAUGAGCUACAGCUACUGAAUGAACUGGAAGAACGAAAGAACCAGCUCAACAAGGCAACAGAAGAGCAGCAGGUUUUGACAAAUCAAUUAAACUUGGCCAACAAUACAGAUAAAGGUUUAGGGAACGACCUGACCAAUGAGAGGAAGGCCAUAGAGGAACUUAAGCUUCAAAUCGAGGAUCUAGAGAACAGUUUAUCGAAGGCUGGACAUCAGAAGAAUGCUCUUGAACAAGAACCGAAGGGAAAGCUGAGUUCUGUCGAAGGUUUACAAGUGCAAGUUAAGCUGCUCGGGAUAGAGCUAAAACGAAAGGAAGAUAUUGCUCAAAACCUCACAUCUUCACUAGUUGAGAUGAAAAAUGGGUGGAAGAGUCUGAUGAAUGCCUACAGUCAAAUGAAGAAGGACUUAACUAGAGCACACACAGAAAUCAGUGGGCUGAAAGAUGGACUCUUGUUAACUAAGCAGCAGCUGGAUUUGAAGAAUGCUCUUAUGAAUAAAUUAGAGCUGGGAGAGAGAGAAGAAGAGAUUCAGCGGUUAACUGAGAGCCUUUAUCUCGCCAUCAAGGAGGCGAAUGGAAAAGAUAGAGAGACUGCAGAUUUGAACGAAGAAAGAGAAGCAGUGAAGAGGGUGCUCGAAACAGAAUCGACACGUAGAAAGAUAUUGAAGCACAAGUUCCCAACAACCCAGGAAGCCCUUGCUAAGUUGAGGCACGAAGCUUCAGGUCUGGAAACUCUAUUAAGGCAGUCUAGAACUAGCUGCACAAAGCUUGAGACCGAGCUCUCAAGUCUUCAGGAGGGGUAUGCUGCAGCUGCAGCAUCAUUCCAGAGGAGCUUCGGGACAGCAAAACAAAGCAGCGAGAUAUUUGCUCAUGAGAGGGGACGAGUGAAGAAAACGACUGACGGGUUGAAGUCUUUGACCAACGAGCUAGCAGCAGUGAGAGAAGACUGUGAUAACUUGCAGAGCGAGCUGGCGGAUGUGUAUGAGAAAGCAGAAGCAGAUGUCAAAGAAAAGCUCUGGAGCUACAGAGUGUGGAGCAGCAGCAAGGAGAUACAGAGUGUGGAGCAGCAGAUGCUGAAGGAUAUGCAAGCGAGAAAAGCUCUGGAGCUGACUUUGGAGCAGGCUUCGGUGCAGGUUGAAGCAGCACUAUAAGUGAAGAUCCGCGUUGGAGCAGAGGAAGCAGUCCAAGUAUAAUAACUGGUUCCCAGUAAGCAGCAUGCACAUACUCUUAGCCCUCCUGGGUUUGCAUAUGAAACUUUUUGCCUAUUUUUGUGCAUAUAUGAAACUUUUGUAGAAAAUUAGGUGAUCUGUGGUGUAUAAAAUGAGAAGUUCAGGCAUGUAAAAGCUGUGAGGUAAUUCUUGUUAAUAGAGAAGUUGUUGUUGGAUUGUUACUCUCACUUGGGUGACAAAUUUGCUUGAAUGGUUUUGCUUUGCUUCUUUAAUGGUCCUUGUUUUUAGAUAGUCUUAACAGAAUUAGGGCCUCGUUUUUUCUUUUUUACAAUUAGAGCUAAAUUUUCUAUGAAAGAAUGGAAUUAGGAGGUUUCCAAAAAGGUAAAAGACAAAAAAGAAUUAUAGAGCAGAGCCGAAAGUAACUGACGGAGACACCUGUCCCAAGCCCCCAACGCGUUUCGCCGCUGGGUCAAAUGAAACGUCCGUCUCUCGGUGGCCCGGUCGACUUAUCCUACGGACAACCCAUUGUGUGCUCGUGUUUGACUUAACCGUAGUUGAUCCUGCCGUUUGACCAUAGGAGAGCUUAGAGUGCUAAUUCUAUAUGCUAACCAUUUUAAUUAUUGUUGCUUAUUUUGAACUUAAAUUUGGUGGUGUGGAGCAAUGAGGGUCUAUUCGGUAUGUCAGUAAAUAAAUUUAAUAAAUAAGUUAAAUUUUGAAUAUGUCUCUUAUUUUUUAGUAGAUAUUUAUUAGUGUAAAUACGAUAUAAUAGCCAAAUCUUUUAGAUAAAAUUUAAUAGUCUUUUAAGUGAGCUGGAUAAUUUUUGCUGAUGUGAUAAGAAGUCAAACAUUUACCUAUGCCACAUGAAUAUUAUUAAAAUAAUUUUGUUUUAAAAAAAUCAAAUCUAGAUAUUUAAUAGGCGUAAAUUAAAUGAAAAGGUGAAAUUUCUCAAUGGGUUCACUUUCAAUAACCCACCCAACUUCUCCGUGGCUCAAUUCUCCUUCUCGUCGAUCAAGCUUUUCUCGAUCCGUCCUCUUUCCGUAACCUUAUCGUAAUACAACGCCCAGUCUGUUUCCUCGGGAAAACCAAAUGCCACCGCCGGUGCCGAAUUUGUUUCCGGCGAUGUUGAUUUGAUGUUUCUCGAUGGAAACUCUUGCGGUGCCGUUUGAUCGAAUGCACCGCUGAUUGCUGAAAUCGAGACGACCGUCAAAUAUCCGCCGCCGAAUGUCGGCGCCGUUGAUUUGAUCGAUGCACCUCUAAAUGGUGAAAUCAACGUGACCGUCAAAUAUCCACCGCCAGGCGGUGUUGAUUUGAUCGAUGCGCCUCUGACUUCUAACCAACGCGACCGUUACUACGGUUCGCACCUCUUCAAACUACGUUCGAACGAGGGUGUUUGAGUUUUUGAGGAAUCUACGCUACCGCUACUCCUAUGGAGAUUCCUGUAGAGAGCUCCGCAACUACGACUAAGACUACAACUAUAGAGAUCCUUCCUGGAAGGAGAGCUCCGCGAAGGAGUUACAGAGAAAAGGUAAAGUUUGAACAGAGUUGUUCUGUGUUGAUUUUUUUGGUUGUCCUCUUCUUUCUCCUUGCUCCACUACUUUUAUUCGAAAAACCGCUUCGUAGUCUUCACGCUAGGUGGAACCGCUUCCUCAACUGCUCCGUUGUGAACUCCCACGUGUCUCAACCGUCUUGAUCUCCUCCUCGCUCGGGUUGGUGUGAAUCUCACGCGAUGUCGUUUACUUCCCCAAACAGCUCUGUUUGCUUUUUUACUCCACGACAUUGUUUUAUAUUAAACACUGUCGUUUGUUAAUACAGCGAUACCGUUGGG